AUGCACUGCGAUAGAAAUGAGAACAAGUCUAGAUUCCAGGAUCUACCAGCUUUUCAGAAUGGUUCUUUUCACCGUUCAAAUUCGACGUUAAACUCGUCUAAAACUUACACGAACCAGUCAUCCAGCUCGCUGUACAUGUCGAUUGCGAAACCUAUGAAUGCUUUAGAGUACCAGAGUAAAAAACUCUCUGAAUGGGGAAUCGAUGCAUUGAAUGAUAGUUCUCCGACGAUUGUGGGGUGUUCGGAGUUUGGCAGUGAUGAACAUGACGUUUUCGCGGAAACCGAUCCAAAAAGUAAGAUUCGAGACUCUUUGGAUAACGAUCACUGCCAUAUUGGCCACUCAAAACUCGAGAAAGUCGUUUGCGAGAUUUUUGCAAGAGGUGUGCCCUAUGAUCAAAAAUUCAUGGAUGAAUUCCAGUAUACGAUAAUAGCAUCUCAAUUACUCACAGAUGCCAUACGACCACUUUGGGCAGCACGACCAAGGACUCAGAAAUCUAGCAUGGGGUUGAAUUCCAUCGGUAAUAGAAAGUCAUUCAAAGGGUCCCAAUACAGACUAGAGGCGCCCACGAAAUUUGGGAAGUUGCUGGUCAAAGAUCAACAGCAGUUUCUUCGUAAAACCAUGCCCUUUUUCCCAACUUUGUCAAUCGCACGUCGUUGUCUCAGUGUUCUCAAAGGAUGCGCUGCGGCAAAUCAAAGUAAGAAAAGAAUUUUUUUUGCUGUUUGCAUAGCGGUGUAUUUGGCACUACAACAGGAGUUGUUUCACACGCAUUACACCAAAUUUUCCGCAUUGAUUGUAUUGCAAGACACAGUCGAACGAUUGCAAGCAUUGGAUAAGCUACUUCAUCGCUCACAUAUUCGUUACAAGGAACUUACGGUGUACAAGCCCAUUGCCUUGGUACAGGCCGGUCAACCUUCAGGAUCAAACUUAUCCAUCAUAGAAGACGUUCUUACAGCAUCUCUCGAUCUAAUGUUCUACGAACUGCUCUCAAUUACCAAAGCGACCCUUCCUCUUCUCAGAAAUCGUGAACUAUUUCGAUAUUGUCAAUUGUAUGAUGUCAAUUUGGUGGACCUUUAUUUUGCAGUCAAUGGCGAUGCUGUGGGCGUGAGCGAGAAAGCCAGCAGAACACAUUUAUUGAAAAAGUUCCUGCUCUGUAGUUUUCUAUCAGUUGGACAAAGAUGCAGGGACGACUCUCACGAAAAGGAGCUAGAGUAUCAAGUUACACUGAAAAAAAUAUUUGGAAGUUAUCAAGCGGCUGGUCAGCAUUCGGAGUACAAGAGGUUACGUGUGCUACUAAAUCAGCUCAAUAUUUUGUUCAAAGUACUGAAUACCGUAUAUGCAUUUUUGGUACAGUAUAAAUCUUACUUGAGCGACAACACACCGUUACCAAGCGAUAUACAAAACCUUCAGGAUCACCACCAUCACGAUUACCGCACCGCCACGACUUUGAAUUUGAUGCAAAAUCUGCAAAAAUUCCUUAUCACACAUAAUACCAAGACUGAAGAUGAGUUAACUGAGCGAGUGAAUAGAUAUUUGGACGAGAUUUCUAAAAUGUGGCAUCAGACGGCGCCAUUGAGGAUAGGCCGCUGUCAUACACAUAAUAGAGAAAGAAAUUUCAGUGGCUUGAAUUUGAAUGUUCUACAAUCACCUACUUUGGGUGGCAGUGAAUCCGAGUCUGACCAAAAAUGGCACUUUAGCGAAAAGCCAGUUUUAGCCUCGGCUGUUGACUUCACCGAGGUGGGAGGGUCAGGACUGGAUACGGAGUCCGAUCAGGAAGGAGAUGAUACUAUCACCGAAGUGGUGUUUGCCAAUGAAAACAUCGAGCACAAGGGUGAGUUUCGGAAGCUCACAGAUGAAGAGCUUCGGAUCAAACUCAAUGAAAGGAUAAUGAGCUUAGCCUUUGAAAACAAGCAGGGCAAGCAAAAACUGCGUACAAAAAAGAGCUUUGGACUACUGGAUAGCAACAGGGCUGAAAAUAUCAAAGAAUCGACCGUCGAGGGCCGGCCCUCGAAGUGGAAAAAGUUUACCUCAGAAGAAAGCAUCCCCGUGUUAUACGAAUUGAGACAAAUGUUGGAAAAGCGAUGA